UUGCGAAUCAGUUCUGGAAAUUUCCGAGCAAACGGGAAGGCACUCUUGCUCGUUGCAGCAUUCAGUCGUUUUCGUUAUAGACCUGUGACGCGUAAUAGAAAUCCACUUUCUAUUGAUCGCUAAAGUGAAUUUUUAGAAUCUCGACCGUGAAUUCUCAAAGCCACCCAGCAAAAUGUCUUUGUUCGGGUCAUUUAUGGGCGAUGAUGAUAUUUUCAAUAUUUUCGGGUCUUCCAUGCAUACCAUGAGGCAGAUGAAUAGCAUGAUGAACUCUAUGUUCCGUGAUCCAUUUGAUAUGAUGGGACAAAAUGCUCUUAUGCCACAUCAUGGUAGAGCAUCUCAUGGUGAUAUGCCACUCUCCUUGUUUAAUCCACAUUUUGGAAGAUUUGAUUUUAACAACAUGACACCUGAUGGAAGUUGCCAUUCAUUUAUGAGCCAAUCUGUUAUGACUAUGUCUAAUGGCCCUGAUGGGCGCCCACAAGUUUAUCAGGAAACCAUGUCUACUAGAACAGCACCUGGUGGUAUAAAAGAAACUAAAAAGACAGUAAGUGAUUCUCGUACUGGAACAAGGAAAAUGGCUAUUGGCCAUCAUAUUGGCGAGAGGGCACAUAUUCUUGAAAGAGAACGUAAUAUGCGCGGUGAGGAGGAGGAACGACAGGAAUUUAUCAAUCUUGAUGAAGAUGAGGCAGAUUCUUUUAAUCGCGAAUGGGAAUCACAUACACGACGGGCACAUACUAGUGCAAUUGAUAAUGGAAAUUCAGCUAGAGUUGUCAGUAACAGUAGGCACCGACCAGAGCCAAGACAAUUGGCCUUACCAUCUACUACAGAUCCAUCAGCAAGCUUCAAGCCUCCAGAAUCUGCAACGUCUUCGAGAGCUGAAGUAUCAUUGGCUGUAGCAUCACCGUCUACAUCAGGAUCUCGAAAACGUGAACACAAACCGGAUAGACAAGUUAGUAAUAAGCGUCACCAAGCUGUAUCCGAUAGUGACGACUAGAAUAAUAACCUAUUAUCCGUAACAUAUUUUAUCUGCAACAUACCUAUAAUAAACAUAUAACGAAGUUUAAAUUAAACAACCUAAAAAUAUAUUAUUCUUUUUCAU